UAUCUCUUUUUUGUGUAGUAUAGUAGCAAUCCAUUGAGUUUCAAAUUCCCGCCAACACAACACACAGACACAGACACAGGUGCGUGCGUGCGUGAAACCCUAAUCCGAUGGCACCCAAAUCUGCCACCGCCGUCUCGCCCUUCCUGAAACCCGGUACCGCGGUGGAAGUCUGUUCCGAAGACGACGGUUUCCGCGGCUCCUGGUUCACCGGCAAGAUCGUCCGCCGUCUCGCCAAUAACAAGGUCUCGGUGGAGUAUGAUAGCCUGACUGAGGACGACGAAGGCACCAAGCCCUUGAAAGAAACCCUGCACAUUCGCCAGCUCCGGCCACUCCCCUUGCCGGAGACUCAACAUGAGUUCAAAUUCGGCGACGAGGUGGACGCUUACCACAACGACGGGUGGUGGGAGGGUCAUAUAACUGAGGAAUUAGGGAAUGGUAGGUUCGCUGUGUAUUUCAGAGUCUCCAAGGAGCGGAUCGAGUUUCCGAAAGAGGAGCUGAGGACUCACCGUGAAUGGAUUGAUGACCAUUGGGAUCCGCCGUUCGAAUUGCCGAAGCAGGAGGAGCAGGUGAAUGAAUCGAACAAGGUGUUGUUGACACCGAAUGCGAAGUCUGAGGAAGCUGUGAACAAGGUGUUGUUGACACCGAAAGCGAAGUCUGUGGAAGCUGUGAACAAGGUGUUGUUGACACCAAAUGUGGAGUCUGAGGAAGCUGUGAACAAGGUGUUGUUGACACCAAAUGUGGAGUCUGAGGAAGCUGUGAAGCUGAAGAAGAAGGAGGAGUUGUUUUGCGUGGGGGCGUUGGUUGAGGUUAGCAGUGACGAAGAGGGUUUCCAAGGGGCUUGGUUUUCUGCCACCAUUGUCGAGGUUAUGGAACAGGAGAAGUUCCUGGUUGAGUACCAUAACCUGACUGAUGACGAUGGCCAACUUCUGAGAGAGGAGAUUGAUUCCCUGCACAUAAGGCCUCCUCCUCCGCCAGAAAAUGGUGUUGUUGCUCAAUUUAGUCGUCUUGACGAAGUUGAUGCUCUGCACAAUGACGGCUGGUGGGUCGGUGUGAUUUCUAAGGUUCUUGGUGACUCCAAGUAUAUAGUUUACUUCAGGGGCACCAAUGAAGAAUUGGAGUUUCAGCAAUCCGAGUUGAGGGUGCAUCAGGACUUCAUUGGUGGCAAAUGGGUUAUGGCUAAGGUAUAUGACUGCAUUGGUUUUUAGUUUUCGAGUUGUUCAGGCGCGUUGAAGUUGCGAACGCCAAAGAUAGCAAGAGAAAGAAGAAGAAACUCUGUUUUGGUCUAGCUAGUUGCCACGGUUGUGAAUAAUUGCAAAGAGAAUAGAACUCCUGUAUAGUUUAAAACUUGAACUCAUCUUUGCUAUGCUAAUGGUCAUUGUAGGUUGCAGAUCAAGUAUAGCUUAGCAUUUUUAAGGCUGGACCUUGAUUUUAGUUUCAUUACAUCAUGCUAUGGAAUUGCAACUUGUGCUUUUAGCUAUGCGAGUAGUAUUUCAUUU